AUGCCAAUUACAUACUACGGGAGGUACAUCGAGGAUCCUGCGGAGGACACCUGGGCGGCCGCUCAUUGGCAAGAAAGAUUCUACUGGCUGAAUACUUUUGGCCAACCCUCCAAGAGGAUGCCGCCCGGAUGGUCAACGAAAGUACCUGUCGUCGCGGUGGAUUAUUUCUCCAAAUGGGUUGAAGCCGAGCCGCUGCAAGCAUUAACUUCAGUGGCCUACCCUCAGAGCAAUGAGCAGACAAAGGUCGCCAACCAUGAAAUUCUUCGAAUCUUGCACGCUCGACUCGACCACGUUGGGGGGAGUUGGGUAGAUAAACUACCCAGCGUGUUAUGGGGGAUCUGCAUGACUCCCAAAGAAGGGACCGGGGUGACUCCUUUCCACCUGGUGUAUGGCGGUCAAACGGUUGUCCCCGUCGAAGUCAGAGUCGAAUCUGAUCGGAUUCAACACUAUAGCGAGGACAACACCGAUCAGAGGCUUCUCGAGCUAGACUUAGUGGGCGAAGCUCGCACAAAAGCUGCCAGCCGGCUGAUGGCAUACCGACAGAGGGUGAAGCAAAGCUACAAUCAGAGGGUGAUCCCAAGGUCGUUCCAGGUCGGCGACCUGGUAUGGAAGAAAGUGAAACCGAUCGACGACGUCACCAAAUUGGAGGCCCCGUGGGUCAGACCCUUCAAGGUUGUGGAGAAGCUCCGAUCAAGCACCUACUACUUGGAAGAUGAGCACAGAUGA